GUUCGAGGUAGCCGUCGACUUGCUCGCCACCGUGUCCCCCGUCGACGACGUCUUAGCAGGUCUUCGCCAGUACCGCGCUCGCUGCACUGCCUGCCUUCCCCAACGACGCCCGCCCACCACGUCGAAGGCGCGCGCCUCUGGCGGACCCCGCUCGCGCAACGCCUGGCAGCCCCGAACGCGGGAAGGCUCUCGGCAAGACUUCCAGAAGCCCCAUCGCUCGUCUCGCAUUCUUACGUGGAGACUACGCUCGCCUUUUCUCGCGUCCGACGUCUGCGGCUUUGCUGGCACCGACCUGAGCGAGCCUCUGCUAGGGAGACUUGCGCUUGAGCCUGUACUGGAGCUUGGCUAGGCGUUCGUUGCCAACCUCGCGCUGUCGCAGACUGUAAGCAAGAUGAGCGCGAACGAGACGGCGGAUUUGGGCAAGGAGCGCCAUGCGCGUAUCGAGGAGAUCUUCCAACGCGUCGAGGAGGAGAGCGCGCGGCGCGCACAGGCCGCUGCAGCAGCAGAGGGUGCGCGAGCGUCGUCGCCCAUGUCACAGACGGCCCGGGACGACGCAGCGUCACACACCUCCGGAACCAGCACGCUGACACCCGCGCCCUCCGCCAUUGCUACGCUGGCGCGGCCAGGUGCUGGAGAGCGGAGACGAGGGAGCGUGUCAGUAUCGAGAUUUGGGCUGGCUCCCGUUGCUAGCGGAAGCAGCGACGCGUCUCGUGCGGAGGCACCGACGGCUGCGGCGGCGUACGUCGUCAACAACGGCGCGUUCUACGCCGUACAAAACCACCAACACGGCUCGGCGGACUCGCUCGCGUCUACCGCGGAAGCGCACCCGGCGUCCGCAGGCUCCCCCAACUCUCUGGCGCAAGAAGAAGAGUCCAUCGUGCAGAUGGCGACCAUCGCGGGGCGCCAGUCGCUGUCGCGGGCGUUCUCGCGGCGGCUCUCGCGCAGCAAGACGCCGUCGCGCGCGGGCCUGAACGGCAUGCUCAUCGGCGUGUCCGUCGAGGAGGCCACCGUCGAGCACCACCCCGAGGACGAGGGCGAGCCCACCGAGGAGGCUGGCCCGAGCCACUCUGCCUCUAGCACGGUCAUACAAACGCUGCGGGCGGACGGACAGGAGCACACUGGGCGCGCGAGGGCGGCCAGCCGUAGCGUGGUCUACGCGGGAAGCGGGCCGCCGCCGGGCAGCCCGAUAGCGUCGAGGCCAGGGACGUCGAGUGGUCCUCCCCCUGCAGAGCCGAAGGCGAGGGGGUCGAGGUCCUCCUUGCCUGACAGGAGCGGCGAGGCCAAGACGGAGCGCAAGUGGCUUGCGCGCGCGAAGAAUUUCACGAAAAAGCUGAAGAGAAAGAGCAUGAUCGCGCUCGGGGCGUCGCGGUGACCUGCGCGUACCCCGGAGUGUUGAACAUCGCGGUGGUUGUAUACCGGACUUCUUGCUUGACUCGUUCUCGUCGUGCGUCUCUCUUGGUUCUUCCUAUCUACCCACUUCGCCUCCGUUCGUCUCGUUUUCCGUCUUGCCCUCAUUCUUGGCCUCAUUUGCGUUCCUCGUCUGCUCGCACUGCUCAUCUCAUCCAUUCCAUUCACUCCACAACUACAGUUCAAAGUACUAUACAUCACUUUAU